AAAAAUCAAGCCAUAUAAACAAGAUAUAAUAUAUGGUCAAUACUUGGUCUUUUCUUUCUUCAUUCCUUCUUCCAAACCAACCGAAACCAAGAAGACCUUAGAUCUCAUAGUUUUCUGAUCCAUGUCCUAAUUCAGACACAAACAAACAUUUCGCAAAUAUUCAAAUAAAUAAAUAAUAUUCCAGACACAAACACCAAUUUGAAUUUACUUUCUAUAUUCCCCCGGUUUUAUUUUCCGAUUUUUAGGGUUUUUUUUGUUUGUAAUGGGUCUUGGUAAAGACGAGGAAGAGGAUAUUAAAAUUCACAAUCAUCAUAAUCAUAAUAAGGUUGUGGAUGAAGGAGAUGGUCGAGGAAGCAAGUUUUUUGGUUCAGUGUCUUGUUCAAUUUGUCUCGAUGUUGUUACCGAUAAUGGAGAUAGAUCCUUGGCUAAGCUUCUUUGUGGACAUCAAUUUCAUCUUGAUUGCAUUGGUUCGGCAUUCAAUAUAAAAGGAGCAAUGCAAUGCCCUAAUUGUCGGAAGAUUGAGAAAGGUCAGUGGCUUUAUGCUAACGGCUGUCGGUCAUAUCCAGAAUUCAACAUGGAUGACUGGACGCAUGAUGAGGACCUAUAUGAUUUAAACUACUCUGAAAUGUCCUUUGGAGUUCAUUGGUGCCCAUUCGGCAACCUGACACGACUUCCAUCAUCUUACGAGGAAGGUGAAUUUUCAUCAACUGCAUAUCCUGAUAUGAUGGGACAACAUGCUGUAUUUGGUGAACAUACAGCUGUAUCAUCUGCUAGUCAUCCUUGUCCGUAUAUUGCUUACUUUGGACCAAUACACCCAUCCUCCUCCAAUUCGGGUGGAUCUGUAUCAGAAGCACCUAACUUCAAUCAUUGGAAUGGCUCAUCUGUGCCUAAUGACAUGCCAACCUCCUACACAUUUCCUGCCAUGGAUCUUCAUUAUCACAGUUGGGAGCACCAUUCCCCUCCUUUCUCGACUGCAAGCAGUCGUCUAGUUGCUGCUGAUCAACCCUCGGCGUCACCAGGUAGUCAAAGGCCAGUUAGGGGUGGUUCGGAUGUACCAAGAUCAGGAUCUUUUAUGCAUCCUUUUCUUGUUGGUCACAGUUCUGCUGUCAGAGCAGGUAGCUCAAUUGGUUCCUCAAUGAUCCCUCCUUAUCCCGGUAGCAAUGCUCGAGCUCGUGAUAGAGUGCAGGCACUUCAGGCAUACUAUCAACCACAGCAACAUCCUAACUCAACUACAAUGCGGGCACCUGUUGCUUCUGUCACCCGAAGAGCUAGCAGUCACAGUGGUUCAACUCUACCAGUGGCCACAUCAUCAGACCAAAGUGGUGGCUUCUUCCUUAUCCCAUCAAGUUCAUCAUCAGGACGUAAUUUCCAAGAAGAAAACUAUCUACCAAGUCGCUUCCAUACUUGGGAAAGAGAUCACUUGCCUUCGUUGUCAUUGAGCCAAGCUGAUAGAGAUCCAGGCUGGAGAUCAUACCACCAAAACACCAACAGGUCAGACCCAAGUACCAGGUCUGGCAGCUUUCGUUUAAGGCACGGAUCAGAUAGAAUGCCGUCACAAAAUCGGUAAUACACUUAUGUUCUGUUCACUGAAGCAGACUUCCAUUACUAUGGAAAAACAGAACCUAAUGUAUGCUUUGAGAACUGUUACAUAUUGCUUCGGCGUUUUGGCCUUUGGGUCUGUUAUGUUAAGGUACAUUAUAUAAUCUGGCUGGCCUUGAAACUGAUUUUUCCGGGCAGCCACACGGCUGUGUGAUGGACAUUUGCUUCAUCUAUUUUAUGAUCCUUCAUUGGAAAGCAUAAAAUAAAGAUGGUAUCUUUGUUGGGAAAAAUCAUGUUUUUGGAAGAAAUGUUGGAGAGUGUGUUUUCAAGUGAUAAAUCAAUUGAAUGAGAUGAGACCAAUUGUGGUUGAAUUUGUAGUGAGUGAACUAAAUAUGUUUGAUAAAAACGCUCAUGCAAAUGCUUUGUAUUGAGAAUUUGAGUAAUUUUACCUCAACCACGUGGAAGAGUGAUUUGUAAAUUGUUGUGCAAGAAUUGAGCCAAGGUAUGGAAUUUGCAUGAGAAGUACCAUAACUUGAAAUAAUUAUAGUUCAAGGCUGGUUAUUAG